GUCCUAUUGCCAGCACGUGUCUCUGACUAGUUACCGGUAAAGCGAUGUGCCAUAAAGUGAUUCUAAUUUCGGUUCUCUGUCUGAUGGUGGGCAUUUCUGCCGAGCUCCAAGAAUCUCCAACCACAACCCAAACCAGUGACCGACCUGUGAUGGAUAAUCCCGCCUACGAUCCAACGAUUUAUCACAAAUUCGUCCCGCAGGAUGCCGUCCAGCAGUACGUUCAUUCCUACACCGGUCACAACUAUCCGGUUGCCACCAACCAAGGAUACGGCGGAUCACCAUUCGACUCGACCGGUUUCGCUGCCAUCCCGGCGAAAGGAUUCGAAGGAUACCUUAUUCCAGCGGGCUCGGUGGCACCGAUAGCGGAACGACGUACACUUUUCAGCUCGGUUCGUUCCGUGAUUCCUUCGGCCCGGUCAGUGGUAUCGUUCAUCGGACAGAUAGUUUCGCUGGUGCUAGGUUCGGCUGGAAUUGUCGGACUGGGAACACUGCUAACGUCCGUCCUUUGCUUCUUCACACCAUUCUGUACGCUGUCAUUUCGAAUGGCCAGGGAUUCCGGAUUCGGUGAAACAACGCAGCAGGUGAUGUCCGCCAUCGGGGAGCAGGUGACGGCGGAUCGAGUUAAGCGAGCGGCAGAAUUUGUACAGGUGGCGAUCGAUAAGUUCCAGAAGCUGAAUCAGGUUGUGCGGGAAUCGAGCGAGCGGAAGGCGACCGGGGGAGUGUAAUUUGAUUGAGCGUUGGUUAAUAUAGUGUAUGAUGAGAUGGUUA